AUGAAUGUCAUGCCUCAACCUCAACAACCCAAUGGUUCUCAGGCCCAAAGGCAGCAACAGCCACAGCUACAGAUACAACAACAACAACAACAACAGCAGCAACAGCAGCAGCAGCAACAGCAACAACAACGACGACCGCAUGGCCCCCGUCUCUAUCACAAAAAGAGCAGGACAGGAUGCUUUAGGUGCAAGGGACGUCGUGUCAAGUGCGAUGAGCAAAGACCUGCAUGUGGUGGCUGCAGUAGGCACAUGGUAGAGUGUGUAUAUCCUCCUCCAGCCACUGCUACCUCCGAAGAGUCAAGACGAGAUUCAUCUAUAUCCACGCGACGCGCACAAAGGCCAAGGGCCAGACAGUCCCCAUCUGAGGGGCCAAGAUCUGGACUAGUCGGUCGUUGUGGGCGGGAUAUGGGAAGCGGUACAGAAAAUCCUGCCUCCCUCUCACCUUCAAUCUCGAACCAAUCUCCUCCAAGUGUAGGCCAUGACGAGCCACAAGAUCGCAAAAGGUCAAUAAGCAAUCAUGACCAUCCUAUGUACGACCAAGGGCCGCCGUCCUCAUCGCUCCGUCUGCCACACGUAACACCAAACGCCGACUCUGAGGAAACGCUGGACCCUCCCGAGUCGCGCGCCCGGCGGUUGACCGAGUUGCAACUCUUGCACCAUUACAUAUAUCAGCAGGCCAAGACUUUUAAGCGGGUCUUACCUUAUGACAGGAAUGACAAGGAUGGAAAGCCCUCGGGGCAGGAAACGUUUCUGUGGAGCUACGAGGCCAUCGAGAUGGCCUGGGAGUCGCACGGCAUAUUAUACGCCUUGCUGGCACACUCGGCGCUGUGCAAGUGGACAAAGGCGGCCGCGGACUUCAGGGAGAGGAGGAAAAACGAGGAAGACGCCGAGCAGAACCCCAAGCGCGAUCCCGAGUGCGCCCGCUGGCUCGAACUGCAGUCGCAGUACCUCUCGAUGGCGCUCCGAGAGCAGCGACGGGCCGUCGACACGCUGAGCAGGGGAACGGCCGACCUGGUGUGCAUGUCGGCCCUCACAAUCCUCAGUCACUCGUUCGCCCUCGUCCAGACGUCGCCGACCCGGCCCAGGUGGCAACCCCCAGUCGAGUGGUUACAGAUGGGCCACGGCGCGGGCCAGGUCUUUCAGAUUGCAAAGAGCCACAUGCAGCUCGACCGCAUGGCCAGGUUCCUCACCACCCCACCGCACUUUGACUUGAAGGACAUGUUUGCCGAGCAAAACAUGGCUCCCUUGCUGUGGUUGAUCGAGCGGCCCUACCCGCCGCCACACGUAGAGCCGUCGCCUUCGGUCAUGUCGACGGCGUCAUCGUCGCUGGGCUCCAUUGAGGUGUUCAAGACUAGCAACAGCAACAGCCCGGUGCGUAGCUUGAUGGAAAUCAAGUCGGCGACGCCUGGUCCAUCCACCCCAUGCGAGGUAGAUCCGAACGGGCUGGAUACUGAGCUUCAGGACGACGCUAUCAAGGUAUAUCAUCGCGUGUUGAUGUACAUCGGGUGGGUAGAACGUGCCAUACAUGCACACCACACGGCCGACGAGCCCCUGUUCGCAGUCUGCCGCCGCUUCGGCGCCUUUGCCGUCUGGACGCCGCCCGCCUUCCAAGAGUUCCUCAUCCAGCGCCGGCCGCGCGCCCUCGUCAUCCUGGCAUACUUUUUCAGCCUCUGGAUCCCCUUUCACGAGAUCUGGCUGAUUGGCAGCGCCGGCUCCGAUCAGCUCAAGGCCAUCCGCGAGGAGCUGCCGCCCCGGUGGAGGCAGAAGCUCGACGGCGUGGCGGAGAAGUAUGGCGUUCCCUGA